AUGGCGGCCAAGGAAGAGCUCUACAGCAAGGUGGCCCCGCGCAGGGGCCGGCAGCCGCCGCCGCCGCAGCAGCCGCAGCAGCCGCGCGGCGGCACCAUUAAGCACGGCUCGUCGCUGGACAUCCUGCUCUCCAUGGGCUUCCCCAAAGCCAGAGCACAGAAAGCUCUGGCAUCUACAGGAGGCCGAAGUGUCCAAGCAGCAUGUGACUGGCUGUUUUCCCACGUCUGUGACCCUUUCCUCGACGACUCCCUGCCUCGGGAAUAUGUCCUCUACCUGCGUCCCACGGGCCCCUUAGCACAGAAGCUCUCCGAAUUCUGGCAGCAGUCAAAGCAGCUGUGCGGGAAAAACAAAGCCCACAACAUCUUCCCCCACAUCACACUCUGUCAGUUCUUUAUGUGUGAAGACAGCAAGGUGGAGGCGCUCGGAGAAGCUCUGCAUGCUACAGUGACACGGUGGAGAUCCAAGAUCCCCGUGCCUUUACCCCUGGAGCUGUACACCUCCUCAAACUUCAUUGGGCUUUUUGUCAAGGAGGACUGUGCAGAGGUCCUCAAGAGAUUUGCGGCGGACUUUGCUACAGAAGCCACCUCGAAAGCUGAUGUCCACGUGGAACCCCAUAAGAAGCAGCUCCACGUAACGCUGGCUUACCACUUCCAAGCGGGCCACUUGCCCACGCUCGAAAAGUUAGCUCAGAGCAUAGAUGUCAAGCUGGGUUGCGACUGGGUGGCUUCCAUAUUCUCCCGCGAUAUUAGAUUUGCUAACCAUGAGACCCUGCAGGUGAACUACCCAUACACCCCGCAGAACGAUGACGAACUUGAGCUUGUGCCAGGAGAUUUUAUCUUCAUGUCUCCCGUGGAGCAAAUCACAACCAGUGAAGGCUGGAUUUACGGUACCUCCCUUGCAACGGGAUGCUCUGGACUGCUGCCUGAGAAUUACAUCACCAAAGCGGAUGAGUGUGGUGCUUGGGUAUUCCAUGGGUCAUAUUCUAUUCUGAAUGCCACUUCUUCUCCAUCCCUUUUGAUGUUCACUGAUGGGGUGAUGGAUCGAAGACUGCAGGAAGAUCAGGGACCGGGGGAUACCGGGCCUCUCACUAUCUUUUGUCAGAGUGCACAGCCCUUAAGGAUUGCCAACCCACCUGGACCUCAGAAGAGAUGCCUCUUCGUUUGCCGCCAUGGAGAGAGGAUGGAUGUCGUCUUCGGAAAAUACUGGCUUUCGCAGUGUUUUGAUGCCAAAGGAAGGUACGUGCGCACAAACCUGAAUAUGCCUCACAGCCUACCUCAACGAAUUGGUGGUUUUCGGGAUUAUGAAAAGGAUGCCCCCAUCACCGUCUUUGGAUGCACACAAGCAAGGCUUGUUGGCGAGGCCCUCCUCGAAAGCAACACUGUUAUCCACCAUAUCUACUGCUCCCCAUCACUGCGCUGCGUACAGACGGCACACUAUAUUCUGAAAGGUUUGCAGCAAGAAAAUAACCUGAAGAUUCGAGUCGAGCCGGGUUUAUUCGAGUGGACCAAAUGGGUCGCUGGGAGUUCCCUGCCUGCCUGGAUACCUCCGGUGGACUUAGCUGCAGCAAGUUUGAGCGUAGAUACAACGUAUAGACCUCAUAUACCAGUGAGCAAAUUAGGCAUUUCAGAGUCGUAUGAUACAUACAUCAGCAGAAGUUACCAAGUAACAAAAGAGAUCUUAAGUGAAUGUAAAUCCAAAGGGAAUAACAUUUUGAUAGUGGCUCAUGCGUCUUCCCUUGAGGCCUGCACCUGCCAGCUGCAAGGACUGUCGCCUCAGAAUUCCAAGGACUUUGUACAGAUGGUCAGAAAGAUUCCAUACUUGGGUUUUUGUUGCUGUGAAGAACUCGGCGAGACAGGCCUGUGGCAACUUACCGACCCACCUAUUCUUCCUCUCACUCAUGGACCAACCGGCGGCUUUAAUUGGAGAGAAACUUUGCUACAAGAAUAAUGCAAAAGGAUGGGAGAUCCACUGAAGAGAGAGCCUUUCUAAAGACUGGAGAAUUUCUUGUGUAUUGGAGCUUUUUUAAAAAAAAAAAAAUUACUGACAAAGAAGAAAAUUAUU